CUGAAGAGGAAAGACCCGCCUGUUGGCGCCCAGUAAUUGGUGGGAGGGGAGGCAUGUGGAACUCGAGGGAGGAGAUACAGACCCUUUAGCUACAUCACCCACUCGUGCGCAAGUGAGACUUAUCUUACCCCAAGGGUAAACGUGGGAGGUAAAGAGACCUUCCGCUGCGUAGAAGCGGCUCGACCCGGAAACAAAGUCUUUUUAAAAAACUAUUCACACUCUGGAGGGGCGGGCGGAAUUGACGUGUCGCGAAGACUGGAAGGCUUCGCAAGUUGCUAAGCGACGAGGCUGGAGAGCGAGCGCACGCCCGAGCCGCUGGGGAGUUACCUGAGGGAUUUGUGGCUGUUGCAGCUCCUAGACAGAAGAGACCGAGCGAGCGCGCCGCGGCCUGCCGGGUCCUCCUUCCCUAGUUGCCAGGGGGGACCCUCCGCUCUGGGUAGUGUCCGGUGACGAGCUGAGCAGCUUGCGGGGACGCCCCUCUGAGGCGGCCACGGGCCGCGCGUCUUCCCCACUCCAAGAGGCAGUGUUUUCUACUGAACAAUCAUAUAUGGAGGUAAAACACCACACCCUUUGAUACAGGACAGAGAUUUCUUCUGCCAUCAGAUGUCUUUCUGCUUGACUGAACUGCACCUGUGGUCUUUGAAGAAUACCUUACACAUUGGGGAUAGAGACAUAGGGAUCUACCAGUAUUAUGACAAGAAAGACCCACCAGUAUCAGUGACAGAGCAUGGUAACUUAGAAGAAAAGCAGAAGCUGGCAGAAUCACGAGAUUAUCCGUGGACACUCAAAAAUAGACGCCCAGAAAAACUUCGAGACUCACUCAAGGAGUUGGAGGAAUUGAUGCAAAACAGUCACUGUGUGCUGAGCAAAUGGAAGAACAAAUAUGUCUGUCAGCUCCUCUUUGGUUCAGGUGUGCUGGUGUCCCUAAGCCUCUCUGGGCCACAGCUGGAAAAAGUGGUGAUUGACAGAAGCCUGGUGGGGAAGCUCAUCUCCGACUCCAUCAGUGAUGCUCUUCUCACAGACAACUUUAUCAUCUUAUCAUUUUUGACACAAAACAAACUAUGUUUUAUUCAGUUUACCAAGAAGAUGGGUUCUCCUGAUACAAACAAAAGACUGGAAAAACUCUCAGCCUUGGAUUAUAAGAUUUCCUAUUACGAGAUACCUGGCCCAGUAAACAGGACAACAGAGUGUCGUCUAGCUAUCAAUUGUGUUCAGGAUAUAGUUGCUUGCUGGUGGCCACUGGUCAGUGAUGAUGCUUGGCCUUGGGCCCCCAUUUCUCCUGAGAAGGACAGAGCCAAUCUGCUGCUCCUAGGUUAUGCUCAAGGAAGACUGGAGGUUCUGAGUUGUGUCCGCACAGAGUGGGAUCCACUGGAUAUUCGCUUUGGCACCAAACAGCCUUAUCAGGUGUUGACAGUGGAGCGCUCCAUCAGUGUAGACAAAGAGUCCAUGGCUGACAGCUGCAUCUACGAAUACGUUCGGAACAAAAUCCAGUGUAUAUCAGUAACCAGAAUACCACUAAGAUCAAAGGCCAUUAGCUGCUGCAGGAAUGUUACUGAAGACAAACUGAUUCUGGGCUGUGAAGAUUCUUCAGUGAUUCUUUAUGAAACUCACCGUAGAGUAACUCUCUUAGCCCAGGCUGAACUUUUGCCUUCAUUAAUAAGCUGCCACCCAAGUGGCGCCAUUCUACUAGUUGGCAGCAACCAAGGGGAGCUUCAGAUUUUUGAUAUGGCUUUAUCCCCUAUUAACAUCCAGCUCCUGGCUGAAGACCGCUCACCCAGGGAGAUUCUGCAGUUCAAUAAAUUCUUUGACAUUUCCAGCAGUCUUGUUCAAAUGCAGUGGAUAGCUCCUCAGGUGGUUUCUCAGAAGCCAGAAUGUGGGGACAUCUAUGAUCUCCUCUUCCUCAGGUUUGACAGAGGACCUUUGGGUGCACUUUUGUUUAAACUUGGUAUCUUCACACGAGGACAGCUGGGCCUGACAGACACCAUUUUCCAUCACAUUCACUGUGAUGAGAUCUAUGAGGCAAUAAACAUCCUGAGCAGUAUGAACUGGGACACUCUGGGUCACCAGUGCUUUAUCAGCAUGAGUGCCAUUGUAAACCAUCUUCUUAGACAAAAACUCACUCCAGAGAGAGAAGCACAGCUUGAGGCAAGCCUUGGAACCUUUUAUGCUCCAACAAGACCACUCCUGGAUACAACUAUAUUGGAAUAUAGAGACGAAAUCAGCAAAUAUGCAAGAAGAUUCUUCCAUCACUUGCUCAGGUACCAGAGAUUUGAAAAGGCAUUUCUGUUAGCUGUUGACAUUGGUGCUCGUGACCUGUUUAUGGACAUCCAUUACUUUGCACUAGAUAAGGGUGAAUUGGCACUAGCUGAAGUGGCAAGAAAAAGAGCUAGUGACAUUGAUGCAGAAUCAAUAACCUCUGGAGUUGAACUCCUGGGGCCUUUGGACAGAGGAGAUAUGCUAAAUGAAGCUUUUGUUGGCCUAUCUUUAGUUCCUCAAGGAGAAGACACAUUUCCAGAUAACCUCCCUCCCUUUUGUUCAAUCCAUAAACAUAUUAUUCAACAAAGAACACUGAAUGUCUCUUCUAAUAGCACAACAUCCAAUCUGCAGUCCAAGGAUCAAUGAGUCAUUUCAACUUUCAAGUCUUAUUACUGAAGAAAUACAUUUCAUAAGCUGCCAUAGAUACUGAUUCCUCUGAUAGAUCCGGCAAAGCAAGUUGAAACCUUCUGGAAAGCAUUCACCAUUCUAGAUGCCAUUAAGAACAUUCAUGAUUCACGGGAAGAGGUCAACAUGAACAGGAGUUUGGAAGAAGCUGAUUCCAACACUCCUGGAUGACUUUGAGGAGAUCAAGACAUCAGUGGAGGAAGGAACUGCAGAUGUGGUGAAAAUAGCAAGAGAAUUAGAACUAGAUGCAGAGCCUGAAGAUGGGACUAAAUUUCUGUGACUGAAUCUCAUGAUGAAACUUAAAUGGAUUAGGAAAGUUUCUUAUGGAUGAAGAAAGUGGUUUCUUGAGUUGGAACCUACUCCUGGUGAAGAUGCUGUGAAGACAUGUUGAAAUGACAAUGAAGGAUUUAGAACAUUACAGAAACUUAGUUAAUGAAGUGGUGGCAAGGGUAUGAGAGGAUGGACGCCAAUUUUGAAAGCUGCUACUGUUGGUAAAAUACUAUCAAACAGCAUCCCACGGUACAGAGAAAUCAUUCGUGAA